GAGAGAGGGAGGGAGCGAGAAGGCUUUGUUUUGUAAUUUGUAUUGAAGAAGACAAAAUCAACGUUUCUUAACGUCUUUUUCUGAGUGGGCAGAGUACAAGGCCACCGAGGAGGAGGAAGAAGAAGAAGAAGGAAGGAAGACGAAGAAACCCAGACGACGAAAUUGCCUAGGAAUUGGAAUAGGGAGUGGAUUGAUUCGAAUUGGGAAUGGAAUUCGGCUGGAGAGGGACUUUCGUGUCGGGUUCCGCUUUUGCACCUCCACCACCGCCUUCGUAAUUCUCGCCCAACCAACUCACCGCUUUCUCUUCUGCCUUCCCCUCUUCUCUUGUUUAUUCGGAAAAGGGAUACGCUCGCUCGGUGAAAGCUGAAAACAAAAGCGAGGGAGAAUUCACAGGAAAGAGCGACUCACCGAUGGCUAUGGCGUCUUCGUCUUCCGCGACGGUGGCGGUGGACAAGGCCACCAGCGACCUUCUCAUCACACCUGAUUGGACCAUGAAUAUUGAUAUCUGCGACUCUAUCAACACCAACCAUUGGCAGGCGAAAGAUGUAGUGAAAGCUGUGAAGAAACGGUUGCAGCACAGGAACCCUAGAGUGCAACUCCUUGCUUUAACGCUCCUGGAAACUAUGGUGAAGAACUGUGGUGAUUUCGUCCACUUCCAAAUUGCGGAGAAAAAUAUACUGGGUGAGAUGGUGAAGGUCGUCAAGAAAAAGACAGACCUUCAUGUGAGAGAUAAAGUCCUGGUUCUGCUGGACUCUUGGCAAGAGGCAUUUGGUGGGCCCGGAGGAAAAUAUGCUCAAUACUAUUGGGCUUAUGAGGAGCUGCGGCGUUCUGGAGUACAGUUUCCCCCACGUUCUUUAGAUGCUGCUCCAAUAUUUACACCACCCCUCACCCACUCGACAUUGAGGCCUGCUCAACCUGGAUUUGGAAUGCCUGGAGGUUCUUCCAGAAGACUUGACGAAACCAUGGCUACAGAGAUUGAAGCAUUAAGUUUGUCAAGCUUGGAGUCGAUGCGCGAAGUUAUGGACCUCUUGGGUGAUAUGUUGCAAGCUGUUAGCACUGAUGAUCGCGAGGCUGUUAAGGAUGAGGUUAUAGUUGACCUUGUCGAACACUGCCGAUCCAACCAGAAAAAGUUGAUGCAGAUGCUGACUACGACUGGGGAUGAAGAAGUUCUUGUUCGGGGUCUUGAGCUAAACGACAGCCUUCAGAUCUUGCUUGCAAAACAUGAUGCUAUAGCUUCAGGUUUGCCAAUGCCUUCUACACCAGUUCCAGAUUUCAGCUCCAAGCAAACAGAAGGAACUUCGUCCAACACAAAACCCACUGAGGUAAAGAACUCUACUCCAGCGCCCAGCACAGAACCAAUCUCACAAGAGUCUAAUGUGUCAAAACCCCAAGUGGAUGAAGAUGAUGAAGAAGAAGAGGAUGACUUUGCUCAACUAGCUCGCAGGCAUUCCAAAAGUCGGCCUUUCCAUGCCGACACCAGCAAUGGAUCAUGCGGAGCACUCGUACCAAUAGAGACAAAUCAAACUUCAUCUGGAGCUGCAUCUUCGCUUCCUGCCCAGACAUCCACUGCUCUGGCUAUUGUAGAUCCAGUUAAGAAUACACAAGAGCAGGAUAUCAUUGACCUGUUAAGUAUCACCUUGUCAACAAACUUUUCGUCCCCACAACCGGUCCCUUCUCAGACUCCAAUCCCAGACCAAAGCAUGCCUCAGACACCAGUUUCCUCCUCGGGCACACAACAAACUUAUCCUGGAAUUCCAGGGGCCACAUCAUUUGAUAGUUAUGUUGUACCAUGGGCCCAGUCUCAACCUCAACUUUACUCACAACAGCCCCAGCCCCAGCCCCAGAACCAGAACCAGAACCAGAACCAGAACCAGAACCUUUCUCAAACUCAACAUUACUCACAACAUCCACAUGGUCCUUCGCCAUCUCAGUCUCAGUCUCAGCCACAACCUCUUUACCAUCAGCAGCAGCAGCAACAGUUUCAUCCACAACAACAUUCUCAGUACCCUCCUCAAUACUCAUCUGGAUAUCCACCUCCUCCAUGGGCGGCAACCCCAGGUUAUGCCAAUGGUAGUAAUAGCCAAAAUUACAUGCCUGCUAAUAAUAAUACCUUUGCAAUGCAACACGGCAACACAGCGUUUCCACCUCGAACAGCAGCUACACAGAUGCAGAAUCACAACCUAGCUGGAAGUAACUGCACAUCUAUGAAUGGGGAGACUGGGGCAAGGAUCCCCGCAGCGCAGCCUGUUGCACAGAAGCCAUUUGUCCCGUCGUAUAGGUUGUUUGAAGACCUGAAUGUUCUGGGAAACGGUGAAGGGAAGUUCAAGGUUAGUGGCAGUUCAGCUCCCAGCUUGCCUAGUUCAUCGGGGCAGAGUAUGGUGGGUGGUAGGAAGUAAAUAAUCGGAACGUGUGUCAUUCGGUUAUGUCGGUUGAAGUUGUGAGCGCAGAGCUAUAUGUGCAUACCAUAGACACUAUUGCUCUGCAGUUUACCAUUGUGUUUAGAUUCUCUCGAUUGUCGAAUGAAAAUCUGUGUAGCUUUUGCUUGCGGGUGGUUAGAUAUUAUGCAACCCUGAUUCUUAUAUGACACAUCAGCUCCCUUACGCUUCAUUCCAGCGUCAGUUUAUUC